CACAGGACGAGCUUCCCUCCCUCCCUGAUGGCUGGUGCUUGGCGGGGACCCUUCAAUUAAGUAGACUUCUCGUCAGUGAUUCGCAUGUUCCAAUGUUUUAGCACUUCCAUCUUCAGCAGAGCUGUCUGCUCUAGGGGUAGCGUGUUUGUAUCGUCAAAAAGUCAUCAGACCAGACCGCUUUGAUAUUGGAUCUCAUCUCGACCUUAGCCCCAAAAGUCACUCCGUCGAGAAAUAACGCGUGUUCCUCUGAUUCAAAGUUUAUCGCUUGCUGCUAUCCGUACAGAGAGCACUUUAGCUCUUCACCGAGAUCGCCAAAGUGCACCCGGGCUUCUCUCACCUUCCCCUCACCUGGAUGGAGGAUCCUCAAUCGCUACGUCCAAAGCAGGCCGCCUGUCUGGUCUGCCGCCGAAGCAAGAUCAAGUGCGACUAUUCUCCGCAUGAGAACAAAUGCAAGAGGUGCAUUCAGCUCGACACUGAGUGCAUACGACCUACGUUCCACGCCGGAAGACAGAAGGGAAUCAAGAACAAGCGAAAGGGCCUAGAUAAAGCUCUAUAUCAGAUAGAGCAGGCCAUCAAAAGAGCCAGAACCGGUGAACACAACUCGGAAGAUGACAAGGCCAUCGGCAGUCUCCAGGCGCUCCUGGAGGGCUCUCGAAAUGCUCGGUCAACUACCGCCUCCUCUCACUUAAGGCGGGGUUCAUCGCAUUUCAACAGCCCCGACCAACCCGACCUCUCAUCUGACGAUGAUGAUGACCUGGAUAACACCCCAGACAGCAACACUUAUAUGAGUUUGCAUCAUCACAAUGAGGAGAGCCUGGCAAUCGACGAUGCCGAAAACCCACUCCAACUUCUGGCGCGCGCCUCGAACCUACAGCUUUCGCCCAAGCCCAUCAGCGGCCUAUCGCCAAAGCAGCCAGGUCCCCGCGCCGGUCGCAAGAAGCAGGUCGAACAACCCGACGAGGACUUGGAGAUCCAAUCCUUCUUCACCUCUGUUCGCGUCAACUUCGAUGUCGGCGAUGACAUAGAUCCCAUUAUCAUGGGUCUCGUAACUGAAGAAGAGGCAGAAUCGCUAUUUGCAUUCUUCCAUGGCAAGCUUGCCCACACCCGAUGGGGACUUGAUCCCAAGAUCUACACUCCAUCCUUCACCCGUUCGCGCUCUGCCUUCCUGUGCACCUCUAUCAUGGCCGCAUCGGCCCUAUUCCUUCCGUCCGCUGGUGCCUUGUCCAAGAGACUGUCAAACCAUUGCAAGACCCUCGCACAUAGAGUUAUCGCGAACCGACACAAGUCUGUUGAGAUUGUGCUUGCAUUCAUGGUCAACGUUCCGUGGAUGUUUCCUGGCCAGCAUAGCACUGAUGAUGAGACUUGCUGGUAUGUCAACAUGGCUGCCACUAUCGCCAUUGAUCUGUCCUUGAAUAAGCUCCUCAUCCCAAUGGAAGUCGUCGGUUCCGGCUCGAACAUGGCAUUGUCCCGU